AUGCCUAAAAACACACUUUACGUGACUGGGUUCACCAAAGAAUCCAAGGCAGCCGAUUUGGCUCCAGACUUUGAAAGUACGUUCCAUCCUAGUUCCCGCAGAUACGGCGAGCUCGUCCGACUCGAUAUCCCUCCUCCCAGAACCGACGACGGAGAAAAAUACGCCUUUGUUGAAUACAAGAACGAAGAAGAUUGUGAGAAGGCCUUGGAACUUGAUGGCAAGCCAUUGCCUUAUGCUAAGCAGGACGGAUUAGUCGUGCAAAUGGCUCGUUCCGAUCCAUUUUCCGCCAGACGUGGAAGCUUCAGAGGCGGCCCUAGAGGCGCUUUCAGAGGUCGUGGUUACGGAAGAGGCGGCUACGGAAGAGGUGGUUACGCUGCUCCUCCUUAUGCUGCUCCUUACCCUCCACCUAGAGGCGGUAGAGGUGGCUACGGCUACGGCUACGGCUAUGAAAGAGGUGGAUACGGUUACCCUGGACCUCAUCCAUAUCCUCCACCACGUGGUGGUCGUGACCCAUAUUAUGGCGAUGGCUACGGCUACGGUAGAGAGCCAUAUGGCUACAGAGACAGAAGAUACGAUGAUAGAGGUCCACCAGGCGAUGAAAGAGAUUCAUACAGAGAUCGCCCUGAUAGAUACGUGGGUGACCGUCGUGACGGCGGUCGUGAUCGUGAUUUUGAGACCAGAGACGAGGAGCGAAUUCUCUCGUGGUCGUUACUCAAGGUCAGCUUCGCCUCCAAGAGAAAGAGAGAGAUCUCGCUCUCGUUCUCCUAG